CACAGUUACGUCAAGGAUAAGUGGAAUAAAAACAUUUGUUGAUUUCAAUGCAGUAUUAGUAUAGUAGAUAUCACACGAGGCGUAUAUUACAAAUCAAAAACAGAACAUGUUUUGUGUACUAAUCGGUUUGUUGUUGGUAACAUUACUUUGGUUCAACUAUAAUAUAUAUAAUUAUUGGACCAAAAAAGGUGUAAAUCAAAAAAAAAAAUUCAUUUUAAAUGAUAUAAUGAAAAUUAUUUUUAUGAAAAAAUCAAUGGCAGAACAUUUAUUAGAUAGUUACAAUGAAUUUCCAAAUUCUAGAUAUAAUGGUACAUAUCAAUUCUUUAAGCCUAUGUUGCUUGUGAGAAAUAUUGACUUGAUAAAGCAGAUAACAGUGAAAGACUUUGAUCAUUUUACCGAUCACUUUAGCUUUAUUUCGGAAGAUGUUGAACCACUUUGGACAAGUAAUUUGUUUGCACUGAAAGGUGACAAAUGGCGUGAUAUGAGGGCUACACUUAGUCCUGCAUUUACAGGUAGCAAAAUGCGUGCAAUGUUCACAUUAAUGUCAGAAUGUGCCCAAGAAGUGGCCAAAUACUUUGAGAAUCAUCCAAAGGAAAGAAAAUCCAUUGAACUUAAGGAUUUAUUCACGAGGUACACUAACGACGUUAUUGCUACUUGUGCUUUUGGUGUACAAUGCAAUUCAAUCAAAGAAAAGAAAAAUGAGUUUUAUUUGAUGGGAAAACUGUUAACAGACUUCACGGGUUUUUGGAGAAAUAUUCAAUUUUUAAUAUCCAUGGCGAUGCCAAAAUUAAGCAAAGUACUUGGGAUUACGUUCAUCGACAAAAGAGUACACAAGUUUUUUCGGCGCAUCAUAAAAGACACUAUUAAAAUGCGACAGGAUCAUAAUAUAGUACGACCUGAUAUGAUUCACUUGUUGAUGGAAGCUAGGAAAGGUCGAUUGAAUUAUGAAGAGACUUCAGCUGUGCAAGAGACUGGCUUUGCUACAGUAGAAGAAUCAGAAAUUGGAAAAAAAACAAAGAAAGUAAAAGACCCAAUUACUGAUGAUACCAUAACGGCACAAGCUUUAAUUUUCUUCUUUGCCGGCUUUGAAUCUGUUGCCACAUUUAUGGUCCUAAUGGGUUACGAAUUGGCUGUUAAUCCAGAUAUUCAAGAACGUUUACAAAGCGAAAUUGAUGCUGUUAUUGAGGAUAAUGAUGGAAACAUAACUUACGAUGUCAUCAAUAAAAUGAAAUAUUUAGAUAUGGUUAGUUCUGAAACCUUGAGGAAAUGGCCUGCAGCUGUAGCAACGGAUCGAGUCUGUGUGAAGCCAUACACCAUUGCGCCAGUUCUACCAGAUGAAAAUCCGGUAACUCUAAAUGUUGGAGAUAUUAUUUCCUUGCCAGCUUUUGGAAUUCACAGAGAUCCAAAAUUUUAUCCAAAUCCCGAAAAGUUUGAUCCUGAACGUUUCAACGAUGAAAAUAAAGUUAACAUUAAUUCGCACAUGUACAUGCCUUUUGGUUCUGGUCCAAGAAAUUGCAUUGGUUCAAGAUUCGCACUUCUAGAAGCGAAAGUUGUUUUUCUUUAUCUACUUGCAAAAUUCAAUAUUGUUGUAACUGAGAAAUCAGAGGUUCCUUUAAAAUUAUCCAAGAAAGGUUUCAAUUUUACUGCUAAAAAUGGAUUUUGGUUUGGAUUAGAACUUAGGAAGUAGUGCAUGUACAUUAUAUAAAAUUAUAUACAUAUUAGUUUUCAAUGUUUAAU